UUUUUUUUUGGCUGUCAGGCCCAACACGUGACCGGUCCAGCUCCCAGCUCGGAACGGGCGAACUUGCCGCUUCUGACCCGCUCCAUGUGGAAACUUUGAUGGGAACUUUUGAAGCUACAGAGCUUGGUCGCCGCCGUCGAAAUGUUGUGAGGAUGGGGUUCAUGUUCUCUGUUUUUGAAGGUCGACCGAGAUCUUCCCGCAAUGAACCCUCAGGGAUUCUCUUUCCCUCCCCCUCCUCCUCCCCCUCCUUUGCAACAGCAUCAGCCGCAGCAACAGUAUCCUCAUAACACUGCUUACACACCCUAUGGCCAAAAUCACCACGGCCAACGGGGCGGUCGUGGAGGAGGUGGCGGAAACUUUAGAGGCCGUGGAAGAGGGUUUGGGAAUAGAGGAGGAGGAGGAGGAGGUAGAGGAGGCAGCUUUAUGUCCACUGAUGCCAACCGCUCUGGUGGUUAUCCAGCAACUGCUAGCGGAUAUGGGUCCAUGAAUUACUUAGGGUAUCCAACUCAACAUGUACCCAACCAGCAGACGAGCAUCUCAGCACCGCAGUAUACGCAGCAACCGACGCAAAAUUUCCAGAACCCAGUGAGCGGAAAUUCAUUCGUCUCUGCAUCACAUUACACGCAUUCUUCGGUCCAUGGGACACCCUACCAACGUCAACCCUCUUACGAUGCUUCAUAUGCAACGUCGAGCACGCAACAGCCACAUGUGUACAACCAGACUCCUAUGCAAGCUACAUCGUCUGCCUCACCCACGAUUAUGGUUCCGCCCGUACAUUGGGGGUUUCAGAAUACCGGACAGUCAGGGUCUUUUGCUGGAGUACAACGUCCGAACCAACGUGGUGCCCGUCAGAACAAUUCAUACAAUCAUCAGAGCACAUCAGGCAAGCAUGUUAACAAGCGUGAUCACAUAUCAGCGUUUGGAAAAUCCCAAGCGACUGCUCCACGUGUUCCGGCACCCCCACCGGUACCCAGCUUCGGAAACCCUCUACCUUCGAAACCGCCAGCGCCAGCGGAUACUACCCGGAAGCCAAAAAAGAAGAAGAGAAAACAUAACCAACUAGGGUUAACACCGAAAGCGGAAGAGCACGAAUCAAGUGAAGAAGAAGAUGACGCCGACGAAGAAUCAAGGCUGGCUGCGGGCGGUGCGGCUGCGAGUGCCGCUUUGCAAGUUACCUAUAGAGGACGGACGUCUAAAUUACAAAGCUCUGCAGACAUUGCAGCUUGGAUCGAGGAACGCAAGAAGCGCUUCCCCACUCAAGCCAGGAUCGAGGAGAGGAAAAAGGCCAUCGAGGACGCAAAGAAGGAAAAGAAAGCAAAGGAAGAAGCGCAGCGGCAACAGAAGGAAGCGCGUAGACUAGCGAUGGCACAUGGGAAGAAGGAUCAAGACAAGCAUGGUCAAACAGAACAGCCUCGAGAUUCGAUAGAUCCCGCCAAUGCAGCCGCAAAAUCCAAGCUAAAGGCUGAAAAGCUGCGGCGGAAACUGCUGAAGGAGGAGAAACGAAUAGCACAAGCAGAGGCCGACGCCGAACGCAUCCGCAAGCUUGAAGGGUCACAAGAAGUAUCCUCGCAACCAAAUGCAGUGCCAAAACCUAAUCUUUCGACGGCAUACGAUGAAGGUACCAUUAGCGACUCGGACUCGAAUACCGACGAUAGCGAUUGGACAUCUUCAAGCGGAUCCGACCUGUCAUCGUCGGACUCUGAUGGCGACAAUGAUGAUUCUGCGCCAGAGCAAGCAACUUCGCGCCUUGAGGGACCAGAACGUGUCCCGCCGCCCGCUCGAGACGAAAAGAAGCAAUUAUGUCGACAUUUCGCUCGCAGUGGCCGUUGCCCUCGAGGGAAGGGGUGUAAGUUCGUGCACGAAAAGUCGGAACGUGCGACGAAAGCGAAGCCCGUGGAGAGCAAGGGGCGAAAGGGUCUGCUACAAGCGCUUCUUGAUCGUCAGAAAGAAGAUGAAAAUUGGAAAUUCAUGGAAACAAUUCUUUGGUUAGGCGAGAACGGGCUCCUUGAUGAACCCGCGGCUCAAACGGAUGUAUCUCUUCUGGACUCCACGGCGAACAGCGCCAGUGGCGUUUGAGAUCGCACUGAAAAUGGUCAGUUGGGGGAUGAUAGAUGAAAUCCCGGCAUUUUCCCGGCUUCAUCGAUCGUAUAUUAUCAGUAGUAUUAGUAGUGUAGUAUAUUUUAUUUUGAUCACAUCCAACGCCCCCACAGCGGCUUCAUCAAAUUCCAGGCCGAUACAUGGGGCCGUUCACAAAAUCGCCGGCACUCCGUCAGUUGAGUAAUCGCCGAGCCCCCCUCGCAUAGUCGUAGAGAGAAAGCUGCUGUCAACUUGCGAGUUGCGACGAAUGACCAGUGAUGUCUCAAGUCACCAGAGACGUUGCCCCAGACUGCAAGAAAUAAGGUAUCCAGGGACCUGCAUUUGUGAGACAUUGAUCACCAUCCCGGGUUUUCGGCCAUAUGUGAUUGCAUAUCAGCCUCUGGCUCUGGUCCACCUGGCCGGGCCCUGUUAAUCUCAGAGCAUCCGAUCCUAAUUCCAGUUACACCGCGAUUCGUCGAUUGGGCCGCUUAUCAGGAA